AAUGAGCUGAGUUUGGAAGUCUUCGAGCUCACGUCUGCAGAGAUGGAGGCGUAGCUGUCGAGAAUAACAUAAUUUAUUUCUUUUCUAUAAGUCAGCUUUAGUUCUUCAACUUUUCUUUCAAUUUGCUAACAUCAUAACUAUGUUGUUUUACUAAUUAAAACCUUUUGUUCGAAGACAAAUUGGAAGCGAGACAUUUGAAAGCAGAAUUAUUAAUAUAUCAUGGCGAUAUAUAUUUUGGCGGGAAAAUAUCCUGUGUUGAGAUGUCUGCUUCUUCUGAUUGUGGCGCCAUGGGACACGGAAGCAUUGCACAACAACGAGUUUGGAUACGCGGACACCGCGGCUGGCGUGCCCGAGCUGCCCCAGGACGAAAUCGAUGAGCUACUGCUAAAACAUAACGAAGGUCGUGCAGAAGUUGAACCGUCCGCCGCAAACAUGAACAAAGUGAGAUGGAAUCAUGAACUUUACGUGGCGGCAAAGACUAAAGUGGAGUCCUGCACGUACGUCAUCGAUAUACCAGCAGAAACAGGGCAUUAUGGAAAGGUGGUCCAAUUUACCGGCAUCUCUAGGAAACCUACAUUUGAUUUGGCUGAUGCGGUAGAUAUGUGGAUGUACUUGGGCAAAGACAGCUACGAUUAUGAACAGGACACAUGUAGCAGAGAUGACAUGUUUUGUAGGAUGUACAAACUGUUUACAUGGGGGCCGAUGGAGAUCAUUGGCUGUGCACACACUCUAUGUAGCUCUCUCGUUGAUACUUACUCAGACCGUGUCUUGGCAAAUACUUACUACUGGAAAUGCAACUACUAUCCUGUGGGAAACUUAGAUGAUGCCAACCCGUACACUGUCGGUACCCCAUGUCUCGAUUGUCCUGAUAAUACUGGCUGGUGUAACAAUGAAUAUGACAUGUGCGAUCCCGAAUGCAGCACGAGCGACGAUUCCUGCGACUGUCUUUAUAGCGAUACUUGCGAGGGUGUAUAUGAUUACGACUCGGAAGCGUGUACAUGUACAUGUAACCAUCCCGAUUGUGCAGACGAUCAGUUUGUGUGUAUCUUGAAGUGUGGCAAUCCUGCCUGGGCAGUCGUGAAUGUUGAUGAAGGAAUAUGUUUCUGUAAUUGUCCAGCGGGGUACGAGGCAAAUGCAGCUCUUGACGUUUGUAACGAUAUAAAUGAAUGUCUGGGUGAUCCGAACCUAUGCGAGCACAACUGUGAGAACACCGAAGGCUCUUACCAGUGCACCUGCUUGCCUGGUUUCGAACUGGACGCCGAUGGGCACAGCUGUGGACCUUUCUUCCAGAUCGGCCGCCACGAUGCCGACCUCAUAAGAACCACGACAACUGCAGCUCCGACCAUCCAACCACCAGCGACAACGGAGGAACCGACGUCGACAGUGUCGACAACACUCGAAUCGACAACGCCGGUCGAAACGACGACGGAAUGCGUGGUGUACAAUUGUGGCGCACAGGGAACUUACGAUCCCGUUGGCUGCACGUGUAAUUGCAAUGCCGGUUAUUUCUUUAAUGAAGCAACGUGUGAAGAUAUCAAUGAAUGCGAGAGAGGGGAUACUGUAUGUGAUGGAUGUGAGAACCUUCCUGGUGAUUACAGAUGUACCUCAUGUCACGAAGGCUUCAAUUUACACGUAGCAACAGGAAGAUGCGAAGAAGAUGUUUGCAAACUAGGAGAGGGAAUGCAUUGCAAUUACAAUGGAUUCCUGGACGAAGAAACGUGUGAAUGUGUCUGCUUCUCGGGCUUCAAAGGAACUCUAUGCGAAAGUGUGUGCCCGAUUACGGAGUCUAGUUGUUGGCCUGCCUAUGAUCCGAUACACCCGACAGAUCCAAGUCAGUGUGUGGUGUAUUGUCCAGAGUGCGAAUGCGAAGGAUAUCCAUCGUGUGAACACAAUGGUAUUCUCGCCCGAGCUUCUGGGUUUGAAUUCAUCAAGAAUGGCAUCUGCCGCUGCUACUGUCCUUUGCCUUGGAGUGGAGAUACGUGUGAUGAAUGCAAUUUAACUUGCCUGAAUGGAGGAACUUUAAAUCCUGUAGAUUGCACCUGUUCAUGUCCCUCCACUGACUGGUAUGGCGUCGACUGCUCAAAACCAUGUGUCCAAACCUCACGUCUAUGUACAAACCGAACGCUGAGUAAAUGCGGGAAUGUACCCAUCAUAGAUGCACACUGCCCUAUCAUGUGCGGCGCUUGUCUCGAUGAAUAGAUGCAGGUGAAAUACAUGAUGGUAAAUGAUGGAUUCGCAAUCAUCUCCUCCCGAUAAUCGUACCCAUUGGUAAAGAACUUCGACACCUUCACGAUAGUACCAUCGGAUACAACAGAACAGAUUAAUGAAAAAAAAAACAUUGGGCACUUAGCCAAAGAUAGAUAUAGGCCUAUAUAGAUAUAUUGAUAGGUACGUUUAUAGAUACUUAUACAGUAUAGAUGAAUGAAUAAAUUGAUCGAAAGGUAGAGGGAUGGAGUAUAAAGAAAUCAUAACAAUUAUACUGUAGGUAUAAGUGACAUGCAGGGAACACACUGUGUCCAUGUUGCAUUAAGUAGAGCUGGAAUGUGCGUCUACAAUGGUUUGGCAUCCAGGUCUGUAUUCUUAUCUCUGGUUAAGCUUAGACCAUGGUUCUACCAUAAAGAUAUAUACUAUAUAUCCCUAUGGCCCGUAUUCUGAAGUCAGGUUUAACUUAGACCACGGCCUAACUCUGUUCUUGAAUUAUGGGAGCCAAAAAUUCAAAAUUUAUAUUUAUGUUGUAUAUUUGCUAUGUUUACUAUAUUGU